CUCUCGUCUUUGCGCUUCAGUCCAGUCCACGGCUCUCCACCAGAGGAGCGGAGCGCACACUGACACUCUGCCGGUUUUUCGCGCAUGAACCACGGUCAGUGUUUUCUUCUCAACCCGCUUCGAGUCUCUGAGCACUGACGGAUCUAAAUAUCACCAUCAUUCCUAUUCACAGACCGGACACCCGCCGCGACGACUGGAUAAUAUACAGCACGCAGUGCACGCGCGCUCGCGGAGAUGUGGAUCAUAAAGUUCAUGUUGAUUUGGACCUGCUGGAUCGCAGUGGACGCGGACUUCGAUGGCAGGUGGUCCAGACAGAUGUCCUCAUCCAAUGGUCUGUGUCGGUACGGCGGCCGCAUCGACUGCUGCUGGGGCUGGACGAGAGUCUCCUGGGGCCAGUGCCAGCCCCUCUACGUCUUAACCCGCAGAGUAAUCGGGAUAAGGUGUCAGCCCCAAGCGCUAUGUCAGCACGGAUGCAAGCAUGGAGAAUGCGUGGGACCCAACAAAUGCAAGUGCCAUCCAGGUUAUACAGGAAAAACAUGCAACCAAGACGAGCAGGGCUUUGUUAGCCCUCCAUUAUGGCACAGUCACACUCCCGUUUUUGUUCCAAUGGACCACCAGCCGAUCGCGGCUCCUUCAGAGGACCUGAACGAGUGUGGCCUGAAGCCUCGUCCCUGUAAGCACCGCUGCAUGAACACAUUCGGGAGCUUCAAGUGUUACUGUCUGAACGGCUUCAUGCUGCUGCCGGACGGGAGCUGUGCCAAUGCCCGAACAUGCAGCAUGGCGAACUGCCAGUAUGGCUGUGAGGUAAUGAAAGGAGAGGUUCGCUGCCAGUGCCCGUCUCCAGGUCUACAGCUGGCUCCAGAUGGCAGGACCUGUGUGGAUGUGGAUGAAUGUGCCGCAGGUCUUGCAGUUUGUCCCCGUUUUCGGAAGUGCAUCAACACUUUUGGGAGUUACAUCUGCAAGUGCCAUGAUGGGUUUGACCUGCAGUACAUCAAUGGGAAAUAUCAGUGUACAGAUGUGAAUGAAUGCUCUUUGGGUCAGCACCAGUGUGGUCCAUACGCCACCUGCUAUAACACACCUGGUUCAUACAAGUGCAAGUGUAAAGAAGACCACAGAUCCGUGGGCUACGACUGCAAACCCAUCCCAAAGGUGGUAAUUGACCCUCCACGACCUGGAAAGACCACACCGAGCAGCAAUAACAACAAAGGCGGCAACAAAAUUCCAGGCUCAGACCAAAAGAGGACCACUACAACAGUAAGACCCCCAGUGACGGCCAAACGCAUCUCACCUACAACAACCACCAAACCUCCUACAACUAAAAAAGUCACCCCUCCAGCGAGAGUCCCGGCGACCACCACCCGUAAGCCUUUCAUCCCAACAAGGAAGCCCCCUGUGCUGUUGACAACUAAACCUAAGGUCCCGUCCCAUCAGCAGACCACCACAAAAUCCCCAGUGGUUACAGCAGUGGUUCCCUUUAUCCCUACACGCAGACCUUUCACCAUCCCAUUUGUGACGCCAAUUGAUAACAGCAUCAAAGACAUCACCCAGAAACAAAGAGGUGACGUUCACAUUCCACGAAAUCAUGGGAAGAACAAUGUUCUUGGUAUCGAUUUAGACAUUGAACUGGGCAACACAGAAGAGGAGCUGAAGGAUGACCCAGAGUCUGGCUAUCUUAGCUGCUCAUUUGAUCAUGGUUUGUGUGGAUGGAUCCAGCGCAGAGAGGGAGAUCUUCAUUGGGAGACAUCGGAAGAUCCUUCGGGUGGGAGGUACCUAACCAUUUCUGAGGGCGGAGAGAAGCGUGGUGGGCGUGGCGCCCAGCUGAUCCUUCCCCUGAAAACACCCUGGAACGAGGGGAACCUGUGCUUGGCCUUCAGACACAAUAUGGCAGGUCACCAUGUGGGAAUGCUGCAGGUGUUCGUACAGAAAGGACGGCAGCACAGUCCCGCGGUCUGGGGGCGAACAGGAGGAAACGGCUGGAGGUCCACACAGAUCACCCUUUGGGGGAAUGGGCUAGAAAGUGUGAUCGUGAAGGGCGAGCGGCGGAGAGGCCGCAAGGGCGAAAUUGCUCUGGAUGACAUGAGUCUCAAACGAGGUUCCUGUCAGGAAGAGCACAAUCUGAGGAGACUUUAACAACGGUAACAGCACCAAUAGAGACUUUUAAUGCCAGCUUUACUCACGGGAUUCGAGGAAGAUGGACACCUUAUGGAAAGGGACGUGGCCUUCUGUCAGUCCCAGUAUGGUUACGGUGCAUUUCCUCAGUGGCUACAAGUGCAUGUCCCAGCUCAAUAGAGUGCUGUAGGAUGACGUAUUUUUGAAGAACAAACAGGGAAAGUAUUUUAGUGCUUCUGAUUACAAGUCAGUGUUGUGGUUUUUUUAAUGGGUUGAAGUUGAUCAACUCAGCAUAAAAAGCAUCAGUAAUAACACCAUGUUUUUAUUUUUCACAGAAAAAUUAGGUGGCUAAACUAAUUAUUACACCAAACAAUUUCAAUCAUCUACUCCAGGGGUGCCCAAACUCAGUCCUGGAGGGCCGCUAUCCUGCAUAGCUUAGAUCCAACUUUCGUCAACACAGCUGUCUGGAGGUUUCUAGUAUACCUAGGCUAUUUCUCAAUAUGCGUUCUUUAGCGUUCUUGUGUAACAUCAUCAUCAACCGCCAAAAUUGUGUUCUUGAUAGCGAGAACGCAUUGAUGCAAACCUGAGGGUAAAACUCGCUGUGGAAGUCACAGAAGUCAUUGCAGCUGAAUAAAGGAGGUGGGAAGCGCAGCAUUUAAUAUAGAUUUAUUUUUAUAGUUCUGAGAUAAAACGUAUUUGUUCCCUAAAUGAGAUGGUGAAAGUAAAAAUAGCAUGAAAAUUUUAAUAAAGGCAUAAACACAUUAAGGAUGUUUAUUUGCUGAAAUUUGUAUUCAAAUUAGUUUUAUUUGUAUUGUGCAACAUAUAUUUCUAAGGUCUUUAUGCGUAGUAUAUAUUUUGAAAAGGGGAUAAACAAUAAAUCGCUGUAUGAAUGUUGUAAUGUUUAAAUUAUUUCAGUUAAAAACUAGUGGUGGGCAAAGCGAGGCUUCGUGAAACACUGAAACAGUUGAAGCAAAUGUGUCGAAGCUUCGAAACCCCACUCUACAGUGACGCCUAGUGGUCAUUUUUUAUGUAUUGCACUGGAACAGUUUCAGCAAAGAACAGUUGAGUAGAUUAAGGUAUUAAACGCCACUUUGUAUGCUCAAAUUCGCAAGUGAUAUAGUGGAGUGGUUAGGGUUCCUGACUUCCAUGUGGGGAUUGUUGGUUCGAAUCCAGGCUGAUACAGUUAUUUUGAAAUGCUUUAAUAUCAGUUUGAGAUGCUUUGUUUGUGUAUCAUUUUGUUUCAACAUUGGUCUGACGUCCGAAUAAACACUUUGUGAAUAAAUAUAGCUUGUUUCGGUCAUAAAACAGGGUUGUUGCUAGAUCAGAUACAGUUGUGGACAGAAGUUAACAAGAAUUAUUUAUAUUAUUCAUUAAAUUUACCAUUUAUUGUACUUUAUCAACGUCUACCACAACUCUAAACCCAACCAUCACAGUACUAUAAAAAUAUUAAUUAUUGUUUUACAGUUACAAAAAUGUUGCUAAAUUGAUGGCGUAUCUGCAGCUGUAUCAUAUCUAGACUACACCAUAAACAGUAACAUGGUUAAAAUACAUAAAAUCACGAUUUUGGAGUAUUUGUACAAGUCGGGAUUCGAACCCAAAAGUCAAAUGAAGUCUGUAACAAUAUGCACACGCACAGUCCACUUGGCCAUAUGUGACAAAAGCUUGAGUGUGACCCUAUCAGUCAAAUGCAGGUUCUCCAAGUCUCGAAACGCUUCUGAACUGAUCGAUGCUUUGAAUCGCUUUAGUCACGUGACCAGGUGUUUCGAAACACUUUAGUCACGUGACCUGGGUGUUUCGGAUCAUGCUUCGGUACAGUGUUUCGAAACACUUGCGCUUCGGGAUCUCUGUGUCGAAACGCCAGUUUCAAGUCAGCCAUCCGUAUUAAAAGCACGUGAAGGUCAUGUGACCAUCAGGAACGCGUUCUCUGUUCUUGCGGUCUCCUGUGUUCGUUCUUCCGAGCUAACUUGGCAAGUCCGUUCUCAGUUUUUAUGGGUUUGAGAAACAGCAGUUGAAGGAGCUUGAUUAGCUGGUUCAGGUGUGUCUAGUCAUGGGGCCCUCCAGGAGUGAGUUUGGGCACCCCUGAUCUACUCAAUCGGUGCUUUUACAGCUGUUUUGUUUAUAAUUGUGCUUCUGCGAACUGUUCUAUCUAUAAGGAUGUUUUCACAAUUCUCAGCUAAAAUGGAAAAGGUUGUAUGCAUUUUUCGGGAGAUAUUUACGUGACACAGGUGUUUAUGGGUAUUAGAAAGGUAAACUUUUGAAAAAAAUUUUUUAAACUUGAACCAAAAAAACUUUUGUGUGACAAAUAUUACAUGUUCAGUUUAAUACAAGUACUAGACAACGGGAAAACAAUACCUAUGGCACUGUAUAUGCACGGACACAUUGUUUUUUUUUUUAAAGUGCCAUCGCCAUCUACUGGCCUGGCAUGCACAAUAGUGUUUUUAAUCAUUUUUGCAAAUCUACGAAAACAGAGAGCAUUUUCACCUUUAUACAACAGUAACUUUUACAAUUUUUGUUCAUAAUAUAAUUUUGUUUUCAUAAAAGUAGCCUACGAUUUCUAUGGAAAUGUUUUUUUAAGUGCAAGAAUCGUCUGUAGCUUUGGGACGGCAGUUUUUGAACUACGUUCAGUUUUUUUUUUUUUUUAAAUAAAAUUUUUUCAAAUUGUAUUUAGUUCAAAUUACAAAAAAAAGUGUUCAUUUAUAAUGAUGAAAAAAUCAAGAAAGAACCAUAAACUUCUGCUUUUCAAACAAAAACCCCUAGCUAGUAAAAAAACAGUAAUGCUAAUUUUUAGCCUACAAAAAUACGUCAUCAUUGCUGCACUCUUUUGGAUGAGAUGACUGAAAAUAUACUUUUGUACAGUUUAAUUUUGUAGAUGUCAAAAAAAAAAGUCUCCCACUUCAAAUAUUUGUCAAGCAGACGUCAUCAUGCCAUUGUAAACACAAGUUUCCCCAUUUCUGUUUAUUUGUCACUUAACUAAUGAUCCAAAACCACUUUAUAAAUUCAGCCCAUGUGUUUUGUUAGCCCAGCUAACAUGCGUGACAAACUUUUUCUGUGUGUAUUAUUGUAAAUGUAUUCAUACAUGUGUGUAUAUAUAUAUAAAUAUAUUUCAAAUAAGCUUUGUAGGUGCAUACAGUAUAUAUGUGAAUUCUUCAUUGUAUAAGUGAUGCAGGACAAUGUUUACAUCACACAAUCCAGUUUUGAGUAUUUUAUUGACGUAUAUUGUUAAGUAUGAACCAGUUCUGAUUAUUGCUUAUUAAUGGCUGUAUCAGCCAUUCUGUAUGAUCGUCACAACCAUGGUUACCCUUUAAGACUGUGUGUUGAAUAUGAAAGCUCUUGGUUUAAUAUUCAAACGAAGCAACGACCUCCAGACAUUAAAAGGUGUGAACAAAA